UUCGAGAUAACAGCGAGACAGGAACGCGGCAGCAGGAGGAGGUGGUUCUAGCUGUUUCUCUUCUCCCUUCUAUCCUCUUCAAUCGAGAGCUCGUGAGCGAGACGGGAGAGACGGGCAGCCUCAGACAUCGCGCCAACAGCUGGCACAGAGCCGGCGGCGGCACACUGACCAUGUCGAAGCUCCGUGCCACCUUCAUCGGGUUGCUGCUGGCCGGCUUCCUGGAGCUCGGCUCUGGGGGCAGCGCAGAGGAGUACGAGUAUUAUGGCUGGCAGUCCGACCACCUGCAGGGGGGACGCUUCUACGCCAAGCAGCCGCAGUGCGUGGACAUCCCGAGUGACCUGCGCCUCUGCCACAACAUUGGCUACCGCAAGAUGCGCGUGCCCAACCUGCUGGAGCACGAUACUCUGCCUGAAAUCAAGCAACAGGCCAGCAGCUGGGUACCCCUGUUGGCCAAGAGGUGCCACCCCGACACUCAGAUCUUCCUGUGCUCCCUCUUCGCCCCUAUCUGCCUGGACCGGCCCAUUUACCCCUGCCACUCGCUAUGCCAGGCCGUCCGGGAUGGUUGCUCACCCGUCAUGGAGUCCUUCGGCUUCCCCUGGCCAGAGAUGCUCAAGUGUGACCACUUCCCACUAGACAACGACCUCUGCGUGUCGCUCCAGUCGCCAGGCAACCAGGCAACGCAGCCGCCAGUCUCGAAGAUUUGUCCUCCGUGCGACAAUGAGAUGAAAGCGGACGUCAUUCUGGAACACUUCUGUGCGAGUGAAUUUGCACUCAAGAUGAAAAUCAAGGAGAUAAAGAGGGAGAAAGGAGAUCGCAAAAUCAUCUCGCAGCGGAAGAAGAAAGUGCUGAAGAUGGGACCUUUGAAGAAGAAAGAUCUGAAGAAGUUGGUUCUGUUCAUAAAAAAUGGAGCAACUUGCCCUUGUAACCAGCUGGAGAAUCCGAACAGCAACUUCCUAAUAAUGGGACGGAAAUGGGACAACCAGUUUCUCCUCACUGUCAUCCACAAGUGGGACAAGAAGAACAAGGAUUUGCGCUACGCUGUAAAAAUAAUGAAAACCUAUCAAUGCCCAACAUAUCAUCAUGUCUUUCAAUGACUGUCUUCAGAAAGAAAUUUACUUGGAAAGUAAAGUGAAACAAAAAUUGCUUUUAUAGUGUCAUAUAAAAAAAUGUACACUCUUCCAGUCUUAUUGACCAAAUUUGUCCUUAUAUAAUGAUUCCUUUAUAAUCUAUCUUGUCUCAAUAGCCAGAUGAAAUAGAAAGUUAAAAUGUGCUUUGAAUUAUGAAAGUGAUUGAUGAUUCAAUACUUAAAUGCAAGAUCAGAGGGCAAACAAUAAGCUGAUUUCUCUCUCUCUCUCUGUCUCUAUCUAUUUUCCCUCUUCAAAAAUAAUAUCAUUACACAUGAGGAACAUUGAGUUUCCAUGCAAUGUGGGAACAAAGUGAAUUAGGGGAUGUGUUACUAAUGGAUGUCACUGUGCUUUGGAACACUCCAGUGAACAACCAACUUUGUGGAUAUCGUAUUGUUUAAAACUGAAUGAAAACUUUCUGCAAUAAAAGUUGAUCUUCUGGAUAUGACACAGAUUCCUGGGUUAGGUGAGAUUGAAGGACAUAAGCCUGAUUGGAAGUGAAAUCAGAAUUGACAGCAUAGUUGUCAUGCUUGAGAGUGUGUUGCUGGAAAAUGGUUUAUUUCAUUGUCUAACCUAUUUGACACCCUACCUAACGUUAAAGGCAGAACUGCUUUGUCCUGGUGUCAUACACUUUGAUGAGGAUUGUUGGCUAUCAUUAUGGCAAUAGUUAUCCUGGUGAUCUACUGUGGAUUCAAUGUUUGUGUGUCCUGAAACCAUCAAUGUGAAAAAAGUAACUGUACUCUUAAGGCAUGGUAAUAGCAGAGAGUUAUAUUUCAAUGUAUGCCUAUAUGCAUCUUCAUGUAUGUUAAAACUACAUACCAACAGUGAUUAUUGUGUUUCUUUUUAAAAUAUUAUUUCAACUUGCAAUUUUUUUUAAAUGCCUAGCAACGCACUUCCAAUCUGAGGUGCCUCUCACAGGUCACCUUGGCCAAGAACUUACACACUUUUAAAUAAUAAAAAGUAAGUAACCUAAAUUAA